CCUCUUCCGCGGGGCGGGGCGAAUCACGUGGGCCGGACCGCGGGGACCACCGAGAUGGGCUGCCUCCGCGAAGCCUAGAGGGGCCCUAGGCGCUCGGGCUCACUUCCGUGUCGGCUUGCCGCCGCCAGCGUUUAGGCGUUUGGAGGGGUAGAGCGUCGGCUCCGGCGAGUUCUACGUGUCGGGUCCGCCCGGCGCCGGCUUAAUCGCUUUUCCUGGCGGCUCGUCGGCGCCUCCCUCCCUUGAGGUUGGGCCCAGUGUCGGCUCACCCCGCUCCCUGACGCGGAGCUCCGGCGUCCGGAGCUCGUCCGGAGCCGCCCGAGGUGGCUGCGGGGCCUUCUAGAGCCUUGGUCCAGCCCCCUGCCCACCGAAGCGCGAUCCUCUUUUCUGUCCCAAAGAACUUGGCCCCACAGCCUCCCGCGCCCGCUACCGACGACUCUGUUUGGGGUCUCUGAUUCCCUGGGCAGAGAUCCCGGGCGGGUCUCCCUCCGGUCAGCGUCAGUCGCUGGAGCACUGAGUAUUUUACUGUUAAUCCGCAUCUUGCUAUCUCUGUCCCUUCUCUCCGUUGGCUCCGUUUUGGGGGGAACGGCAUGGUUUCUGUAAGCGCGCUUUUGGGUUUCUUCAGACGCAACCGUGGGGAUAGGAUUCGUCUUGGGUCCCUCCAUCCGUUUCGUGUGAAUUGGCGCAGGAACGAACGUUUGUGGUCUGAGCAGGCAGAGAAUUGUCCAGAGGACCCGAGCAAUUCAUGAGGCUGUGGGGCCAUCGGCCACAAAGGAGCCUGACAGAGUCCCCUCCCAGUGCUGGCAGUGAGGAGACUGGGAAGGCUACAGGCGGCUGUGGGUGCUCAGGACAGGGUCCAUUGCACUCAUGGCUCUUCUCCUCUUAGCUCCUAAGGUUCUUGCUUUUCCAAAUCAAGAAGGCAGUGCACGAAACCAGGGGACAUCAGCCAUGCUCCAAACAACCUGGCCUCAGGAGCCAGUGACCUUCGAGGACGUGGCCGUGUACUUCACCCAGAAUCAGUGGGCCAGCCUGGACCUUGCGCAGAGGGCCCUGUACCGGGAGGUGAUGCUGGAGAAUUAUACCAACGUGGCUUCCCUGGCGUUUCCGUUCCCCAAACCUGUUCUGGUCUCCCAGCUGGAGAGAGGGGAAGCAGCGUGGGCCCCAGAUCCCUGGGGAGCAGAGGUUUUGAGAGGCAUCCGUCCAGGCGGUGAGUCCCGGAUGGAGAGCGAGGAGCCGGCGGUGAAGCAGGAGGGCUCUGCAGACACACAGGUGCACAGAGCGCCGGGGGGAGGACGUCUCCGAAACGUUUCCCAGCACUUUGACCUUAAAAGCAAGGCGACGUGGCAGACUUUCAGCCUGAAUCCGAAUCUGAUCCUUCGGGGGGGAAUGAAGUUCUAUGAGUGUAAAGAGUGUGGGAAAAUCUUCAGGUACAACUCGAAGCUCAUUCGGCACCAGAUGAGUCAUACUGGCGAGAAGCCCUUCAAGUGUAAGGAGUGUGGCAAAGCGUUCAAGUCCAGCUACGACUGCAUCGUACAUGAGAAAAAUCACACCGGAGAGGGGCCCUACGAGUGCAAGGAGUGCGGCAAGGGCUUGAGCUCCAACACGGCCUUGACGCAGCAUCAGAGGAUCCACACCGGGGAGAAGCCGUACGAGUGCAAGGAGUGCGGGAAGGCCUUCCGCCGGAGCGCGGCGCACCUGCAGCAUCAGAGACUGCACACGGGGGAGAAGCUCUACAGAUGCAGGGAGUGUUGGAAAGCCUUCGGCUGCAGGUCGCUCUUUAUCGUCCACCAGAGGGUCCACACGGGGGAGAAGCCCUACCAGUGUCAGGAGUGCGGCAAGGCGUUCACGCAGAAGAUCGCCUCUGUCCAGCACCAGAGGGUCCACACGGGGGAGAAGCCCUACGAAUGCAAGGUGUGUGGGAAAGCCUUCAAGUGGUAUGGCAGCUUUGUUCAGCACCAGAAACUGCACCCCGCGGAGAAGAAGCCCCUCAAGGCUCUUGGGCCACCGCUGAGGGGUCCCCAGCACCCCUCUGCAGCCCGACCUGCUGUCCCUGUGCAGGGCCCGUGCCCGGCUCCAGCCGUGGCCGUGCCUUCACUGACCCUUCCACGUGCUGUGCUCCUUCCUGCCUCCGGGCCUUUGUUGAUGCUGCUGCCCGCAUCCGGAAUGCCUUCUUCACCUGUCCAGAUAGUGUGUGUCUUCCAGGGCCUUCCUCCCACUGUGAAGCCUUCCCCAGUUAUCCUGACCCCUUCCCCACACCCCUCGUGAGCUUCGUCUCGGCGCUUAAUGGCUCUUAGGCCCGGCACACGUUCAGCCUCGCUUGUUUUGUUUGUAUUUUUUCUCUCCGUUUACAUACAUUGCAGUUGCUUUCACAUAAACUCCACUAUAAUUUA